GCACUGCACGCUGAACUUGGGGAAGUCACUGUGAAUGCGCCGGGCGCCACCCCCCGCAGACUAGAGGAAGCAGGAGGCGACCCCGGCCCCGUGACCUUGCCACCGGCGGCGCGCAGUCACGUGGCCCGGGUGACGCGCGGUGCCCCGCCCACCUGCAGGGACUAGUCUGGUGCACCACGGCCAGAGGAGCCAAGUGUGGAUUGUCUACUUCGGUGGCACCGCCUUGCGUGCACCCGAGUAGGCGGAGCUGGAGGAGGGCAGCAGGUGGCUCACCCAGAGGCUUUUAGCCCCAGGUGGCUUUGUGGGCGUCGAGGCAGAAGCAGCUGCGGCUGGGGCGUAGUCCGGUCUGAUCUUAUUCUAGCGCCUUGCACAGCCCUUCGCUUCCAGGGCAUACACAGUAAAUGUGUGCGCAAGAUGGCCCGUGUAUGGUCAGCAGCCAUUUAAAAGGCGCCUAGUACAGCCCUCUCCUCUGGUUAAGUGGCAUUUAUUUUCUCCUGAGAAACAUCUGUAUUUAUUGAUCACUUCUGUGGCGCUUGGCACUGAGUGGGUGCUCAAGAAGUAUUUGCCGAGUUGAAGUGAAUUAGGUUCAACCCCCGCAAGUUUUCUUUAAACAUUUUCGUACUGAAGUGAUUCUCAAACGUUAGCGCCCUUGAGAAUCAUCCGGAGAGCUUGUUAUAACACAAUGUUGAACCCUACCCUCAAAGUUUCUGAUUCAGUAUGUCAGGGGUUAUGACCAAGAACUUGCCUUUCUAACAAUCUCCAAGGAGAAUUAGAUUCCACUGGGCCAAGUACCAUGCUUCAAGUAAAACAAAAAAAACAAACCAGCUGUCCUCCAGUGAAUUCUGACUCUUGGCAACUCUCUGGGUGGUGCAAACGGUUAACAUGCCCAGCUGCUAACUGAAAUGUUGGAAGUUGUCCACUCACAGGUGCCUUGGAAGAAAGGCCUGGCAACCUUUAGAAAAAAUCAGCCAUUGACAACCUCAUGGAGCACAGUUCUGCUCUGACACACAUGGGUUUCCUCAUACUUUGAGUACCACUGUUUUAUAGGAAAAAAUCUUGUAAACUUAAACCACCAACCCUUUACACCUGGUUAUGGGCCUUUCUGAUCCUUGUUGGUCAGUUGUACUGUUGUAGUUAUAAUAAACAUGUUUGUAUUACUUUGUACACUGUUAAUUCCUCCUCUCCCAUGCCUGGUGUUAUACAGAUUUUCAUGUAGUCUAUGCUUGUGUCAUUUUUCCUGGGUUACACUUGAUCAUUUCUAAGCACCCCUCACGGAUCUGAGCUUUGACAUCUGCUGGGAGAGCUUACAUUUUAUUCUCCCCUGAUACACACUUAUUCUCUUGUCAGGCUGGAAGACUGUAAGAAUAGUGUUUGGUUCAUCCAUCCAUUCCCCACCCUUGUAGGGCAGCUCACUGAAAUAUAAACUUACUGAAUAACCCCCCGGGUUUAGAUUCCUAUGUGGGAGGGACUCCAGGAGCCCACCUCAGAGCCCAGUGAGCCUAUUAUUUCAUUCAUCUCUUUGGUCUUUUGGUUGGGAACUUGAAUUCAAGGUCAGUUCCAUCACUUUUUAGUUUCCUGGCCAAGUUUGUUCACUUUUCUAAAACUUGACCUCCUUAUGCGCCUCAGAAUGUAACUGUGCAAGUUACAUGUGAUAUUUAAGCACUUAGCACUGAACCUCUCCUGUUGUAAGCCUGCACACCUUUCUUAGCUGCUGGCUUUCCCGUGUUCUCCCGACUCCUCCUUUCCCAGGAUGAUCUGAGUGGAGAAUUUCUAUUCCUUACCUGGGUAAAGUUUAUUUUACCCAUCUGCUCUGGGACCUUGGCAUCAGUCAGGGGUUCCUUUAUUUAAAUUAAUACUGAUUCGAACACCUCCUGGGCAUCACACACUGGGAAUGAGGGUGUGAUUAAAAUUUAGUUCCUGCGUUGGACUGCAUCACUAUUUGCCGGGCAGGGUAGACAGUAAACCUGCCUGGCUUUAAGGUGGAUCAGCUUGUUGGUCUGUGGGCAUUGACUUGGAGUCCUUCCAGACUUGGGGCAUGAUAGUGUCUACCUUGUUUGCUUUUUGUACAUAUCAGUGACCAUAUUACCAUGAAGACCUGAUUACUCUUUCCAAGGGUGUUUUUGAAUGCUUUCCCAGUGUUGGGGGACAGAACAGAAGAAAUCAUGCUCAUUCGUCUAAUAGUUCUCUAGAAAAUGGAGGGAGGAUGUGGUCACUUUACGGGAUUAAUGGAAUUAGAGCCCUAAGUGCCUUUCCUCUGUGGUCAUCCUCACCUGUACACCAAGCAGAAUGAGGUGAUUCCAGACUGGCUUCAGAGGAGAAACAACUGAAAGACGGCCUCCAUGAAUGGGGCUGGUGACAUGGCCAGAAGGGCUCUAAAGCUUGCUUCGUGGACCAGCAUGGCUCUUGCCGCUGCUGGCUUCUACCUCUACAGUAACAAGUACUUGGACCCUAAUGACUUUGGCGCUGUCAGGGUGGGCAGAGCAGUUGCUACGACAGCUGUCAUCAGUUAUGACUACCUCACCUCCCUGAGAAGUGUUCCCUAUGGCUCAGAGGAGUACCUGCAGCUUCGAUCCAAGGUACACCUUCGCUCUGCCAGGCGUCUCUGUGAGCUCUGCUGUGCCAACCGGGGCACCUUCAUCAAGGUGGGCCAGCACCUGGGGGCUCUGGACUACCUGCUGCCAGAGGAGUACACCAGCACGCUGAAGGUGCUGCAUAGCCAAGCCCCGCAGAGCAGCAUGCAAGAGGUCCGCCAGGUCAUUCGCGAGGACCUGGGCAAGGAGAUCCAAGAUUUGUUCGUGAGCUUUGAUGACACCCCUCUGGGGGCUGCCUCCCUGGCCCAGGUACACAAGGCGGUGCUGCGUGAUGGGCGGACAGUGGCUGUGAAGGUCCAGCACCCCAAGGUGCAAGCUCAGAGCUCGAAGGACAUUCUCCUGAUGGAGGUGCUUGUCCUGGCUGUGAAGCAGCUGUUUCCAGAGUUUGAGUUUAUGUGGCUGGUGGAUGAAGCCAAGAAGAAUCUGCCUUUGGAGCUGGAUUUCCUCAACGAAGGAAGGAAUGCCGAGAAAGUGGCCCAAAUGCUCAAGCACUUUGACUUCUUAAAGGUCCCCCGAAUCUACUGGGAGCUGUCCACCAAGCGGGUCCUUCUGAUGGAGUUUGUGGACGGUGGGCAGGUCAAUGACAGGGGCUACAUGGAGAGGAACAAGAUUGACGUCAAUGAGGUCUCACGCCAUCUGGGCAAGAUGUACAGUGAGAUGAUCUUUGUCAACGGCUUUGUGCACUGUGAUCCCCACCCAGGCAAUGUGCUGGUGCGAAAGCACCCGGGCACAGGGAAGGCAGAGGUUAUCCUGUUGGACCAUGGACUCUACCAGGUGCUCACAGAAGAAUUCCGCCUGGAUUACUGCCACCUCUGGCAGUCUCUGAUCUGGACAGACAUGAAGAAGGUGAAGGAGUACAGCCAGCGCCUGGGAGCCGGUGAGCUCUACCCCUUGUUUGCCUGUAUGCUGACAGCCCGGUCGUGGAACUCUGUCAACAGGGGCAUCAGCCAAGCUCCAGUCACUGCCACUGAGCUCAUUUCUCCGUUGGACCUAGACAAGAGUUCCAUGGAGACUGGGCUGGGAAACAGAUCCUAGGAACAUCUCCUCCCCAUGUUCAUCGUCACCUGCUCCCAUGAGAGAAGUUUAUUGGGUGCCUUAGUUAUCUAGUGCUGCUGUAACAGAAAUGCCACCAGUGGAUGGCUUUAACAAACAGAAAUUAAUUUUCUCACAGUCUAGGAGACUAGAAGUCUGAAUUCAGGGCCCCAGCUCCUGGGGAAGGCCUUUUCUCUUUGUUGGCUCUGAGAGAAGGUCCUUGCCACUAAUCUUCCCCUGGUCUAGGAGCUUCUCAGCUCAGGGACCCUGAGUCCAAAGGACACGCUCUGUUCCCUAUGCCUCUUUUUUGGUGGCAUGAGUUCCCUUCUUUCUGCUGGCUUAUCUUUCUUUUUGUCUCUUGUAAGAUAAAAGGUGAUGCAGGCCACGCUCCAGGGGAACUUCCCUUACGUUGGAUCAGGGCUAUGACCUGAGUAAGGGUGUUGCAUCCCACCCUGAUCCUCUUUAACAUAACCUAAUCUUGCCUUGUUAACCACAACCACAGACAGAGAUUAGAAUUUAUAACACAUAGGAAAAUUACAUCAGAUCACAAAACGGAGGACAACCACACAAAUACUGGGAUUCAUGGCCGAGCCAAGUUGACACGUAUUUUGGGGGGACACAAUUCUGUCCAUAACACUGGGGCAAGCUCGUUCUUCCUGCUCAGCGUGUGUUCCUCCCAGGAGGUCUCUCAGUCCUUAUGGAAUUGACUUCUGUCUUUCCACUCUGUCAGUUCUCCAGACCCAUCCAGAUCUGCUGGAAUCCAUGUGGUGGGUGGGCUCGGGCUCCCGAUGAGGCCCCUGUUCACCAUAAGGGCAGGAUCCUGCUCACGCAGCCAGAAAGACCUGGGUUGUAGUUCCAGCACCUCGUCUUCCUAGGGGUGUGACCUUGGGCAGUUCCCUUCACCUCUUUGAGCCUCACAGCGCUCAUCUGUAAGCUGCUUUGUGGUAGGUGACUUUAGGAAUGGCUAGAUGUAGAGUCUCAAACAAUGUCAUCAAGAGGCCAUCUCUCUCCAUCUCUUGGCUCUGCUUUCCUCUGAGUUGACAUUAAUCUUAAGCAAGCUUGGUGGCACCAAUGACUACCAGCAGCCCCAGGCUUAAAAACCAAAAAACCGGUUGCCAUUGAGUCAAUUCCAACUCAUGGCGACUCCAUGUGUUUCCGAGUAGAACGGUGCUCCGUAGAGUUUUCAAUGGCUGAUUUUUUGGAAGGAGAUCACCAGACCUUUCUUCCAAGGUGCCUUUGGUUAGUAACUGAGUGCACUGACUGCUUGUACCACCCAGCGACUCUAGCCCCAGACUUACACAGCCUCCAAGCUCACCAUCUCAGAAGGAGAGAGACAGUCUCCCUCCUUUGUAAAAUAGGGAUGAUACAGAUGAUAAUUUCUGCUUUACUGAUAAUAUAUGUAAAGUGCCUGAAGUUCAUCCAUUCAAUAGAUGUUUGUUUUACCAGACCCUGUGCUAGGUGCCGAGGAUCCAGUGAUGAACAGACAGACAGGCCUUCAUGUAACUUACUCUUUGGUUGAGGGAGACAGACAGUAAGCAAGUGAACAAAGAGGUGAAUGAAUAAUUACAGGUUAUGGGUGCCGGGAAGGAGGGAGGCAGGGUGCGGUGAUUUGAGUAAUAGUGGGGGAUGGAGAGUGCUGUAGAUAGUGUGCUCAGAGAAGACCUUGAUGAUGAGUUAACAUCUAACCUUAGGCCUGAAGUACAAGUGUCAGGUGCCGGUGCUGGGCAGGGGAGUUUCCCUAGGGAAAUCCAAAAGUGACUGUCAUACACAGAAAGUAGGGACAGACCAAAGAAAGAGGCAGACCACUCCAGGUUGAAAAACCAGUCUAAGAUUUAUUAUGGGGAAAACCUACAGGGCGAGGUCUUGGGCAGCCUCAGAACAGGUAGCUCUUGGCGCUACUGUCCCAGCUCCAGAGAUUAAUGUGUAGAGGAGGUGAUGUGGGUUUGUCAUGCAGGCUCCCUUCCCUCAAGUCCGAGAUGUCCUAAUGUUAUUGUUUGGGCCCAGGUUCCUUUAAGGAUGUUAUAUUUCCUACUUCAAGGGUGUUAUAUUCCUUGGCCUCCUGUUCGUUUCCAGGAAUGGACGUGUUUGCCAGGACUGUGGUCAACUUCAGGCCUGGAGGCAGCUUGCAGGUCCUGGAUCAGUCACUUCUUCGUUUGUCCUCCCAACAACAAGACAGGCUUCAGCCAUGGGAAGAGCUUGGAGAAAGCAUAGCAGGCAGAGGACACACCUGCGCUAAGUCCUAGUGGGAGGAAAGAGCUUGGUCUGGUCAGGAGUGUGGUGUGGGGGGUGGUAGGAAGAGAGGAAUUUGGAACGCUGGGCAUGAGAGCGUCACACAGGGCCUUAUAAGCCAUGGGAAAAAUUCGGAUUCUCAGUACAAAGCAGAACCUUUGGCAGGCUUUAAGCAGGAGAAUGACUUGUUCAGAUUUGCUGUUUUUUUCUCUGUCUAGAGUGGGGCACAGUGAGCAAUGGGGCAGCCAGAUAGGAGGUUGGGGGCUUGGGCAGGACCCAGGUUGAGCAAUGACAGAGGUUCAGACUGCUCUGACAGCGAUGAAGAUGGAGAGAAGUAGAUGGAGCCAAGAUGUAUUUUGGAGGUAAAACUGAGAGGACCUUCUUUUAGAUUAAGGAGCCCUGGUGGCUCAGUGUUAAGUGCUCAGCUGCUAACUGAAAGGUCAGCGGUUAGAAACCACUAGCUCUCUAGAGGAGGAAGAUGUGGCGAUCUGCUUCCAUAAAGAUUACAGCCUUGGAAACCCAAUGGGGCAGUUCUACUUUGUCCUAUAGAGUUACAAUGAGUCGGAAUUGACUCGACAGCAACAGGUUUGGAUUUUUGUUUUUUUCUGUUGGAUUAGACGUGCAGAGUUUCUUCUCAUUUUCAGUUCUGCCACAUCAGAAAAUGAAGGUCCUAAAAGCUUGACUCCAUCCACGUCACUAAGGUCAACUUUACUUUGAGGAGGCAACUCUUCCCCAGUUGUGUUUUGAGUGCCUUCCAAACUGAGGGGCUUAUCUUCCAGCACUAUAUCAGACAAUGUUCCACUGCUAUUCAUCAGGUUUUCACUGGCUAAUUCUUUUCAAAAGUAGACUGCUGGGUCCUUCUUCCUAGUCUACCAUGGGUGACCCUGUUGGUAUUUGAAUACUGGUGGCGUAGCUUCCAGCAUCACAGCAACACACAAGCCCCCACAGUAUGACAAACUGACAUAUUCGUGGCUAGAGAUGAAGAAACUGAGGAUUUUUACCAACUUCUGCAUUCCAAAAUUGAUUGUACAUGCAGUCAGAAUGCAUUGAUAAUUACUGGUGAUUGGAACGCAAAAAUCGGAAACAAAAAAGAAGGAUCGGUAGUUGGAAAAUACAGCCUUGGUGAUAGAAAUGAUGCUGGAAGUCGCAUGAUUGAAUUUUGCAAGACCAACAAUUUCAUCAUUGCAAAUACCUAUUUUCACAAACAUAAACGGCAACUACACACGUGGACCUCAUCAGAUGGAAUACCUAAGAAUCAAAUUGACUACAUCUGUGGAAAGACACAAUGGAAAAGCUCAAUACCAUCAGUCAGAACAAGGCCAGGGGCCAACUGCAGAUCAGACCAUCAGUUACUCCUAUGCAAGUUCAAGUUGAAACUGAGAAAAAUUAGAACAAGUCCACAGAGCCAAAGUAUGACCUUGAGUAUAUCCCACCUGAAUUUAGAGACCAUCUCAAGAAUAAAUUUUUUAAAAUUCUUAUUGUGCUUUAAGUGAAAGUUUACAAAUCAAGUCAUUCUCUCAUACAAAAAUGUAUACACACCUUGCUGUAUACUCCUAAUUGCUCCCCCCCUGAUGAGACAGCACACUCCUUCCCUCCACUCUCUCUUUUUGUGUCUAUUCAGCCAGCUUCUGACCACCUCCACCCUGCCAUCUCCCUUCCAGAUAGGAGAUGCCAACAUAGUCUCAUGUGUCCACUUGAUCCAAGAAGCUCCCUCUUUGCCAGUAUCAUUUUCUAUUCCAUUGUCCAGUCCAAACCCUGUCUGAAGAGUUGGCUUGGGGAAUGGUUCCUGUCUUGGGCUAACAGAGGUCUGGGGACCAUGACCACCGGGGUCCUUCUAGUCUCAGUCAGACCAUUAAGCCUGGUCUUUUUUUAUGAGAAUUUUGGGGUCUGCAUCCCAUCGCUCUCGUGCUCCUUCAGGGCUUCUCUGUUUUGUUCCCUGUCAGAGCAGUCAGCAGUUGUAGCCAGGCACCAUCUAGUUCUUCUCGUCUCCGGCUGAUGUCGUCUCUGCUUUAUGUGGCCCUUUCUGUUUCUUGGGCACAUAAUUACCUUGUGUCUGUGGUGUUCUUCGUUCUCCUUUGAUCUAGGUGGGUUGAGACCAAUUGAUGCAUCUUAGAUGGCCGCUUGCUAGCAUUUAAGACCCCAGAAGCCACUCUCUAAAGUGGAAUGCAGAAUGUUAUCUUAAUAGAUUUUAUUAUGCCAACUGACUUAGAUGUCCUCUGAAACUAUGGUCCCCAAACCCCUGCCCCUGCUAUGCUGGCCUUCGAAGCAUUCAGUUUAUUCAGGAAACUUCUUUUCAAGAAUAAAUUUGAUGCAUUGAACACUAAUGACUGAAGACCAGACAGGUUAUGGAAUGACUUCAAGGACAUCAUACAUGAAGAAAGCAAGAGGUCAUUAACAAGACAAGAGAGAAAGAAAAGACCUAAAUGAAAGUCAGAAGAGACUCUGAAACUUGCACUUGAAUGUCGAGUAGCUAAAGCAAAAGGAAGAACUGAUGAAGUAAAAGAACUGAACAGAAGAUUCCAAAGGGCGUCUCGAGAAGACAAAGUAAAGUAUUAUAAUGACACGUGCAAAGAGCUGAAAAUGGAAAACCAAAAGGGAAGAACACGUUCAGUGUUUCUCAAGCUGAAAGAACUGAAGAAAAAAUUCAAGCCUCGAGUUGCAAUAGUGAAGGAUUCUAUGGGGAAAAUAUUAAAUGACGCAGGAAGCCUCAAAAGAGGAGGGAAGGAAUACACAGAGUCAUUAUACCAAAAAGAAUUGGUUGAUGUUCAACCGUUUCAGGAGAUGACAUAUGAUCGGGAACCGGUGGUACUGAAGGAAGAAGUCCAAGCUGCACUGAAGGCAUUGGCGAAAAACAAAGCUCUGGGAAUUGAUGGAAUACCAAUUGAGAUGUUUGAGCAAACAGAUGCAGCACUGGAAGUGUUCACUCAUCUAUGCCAAGAAAUUUGGAAGACAGCUACCUGGCCAACCGACUGGAAGAGAUCUAUAUUUAUGCCUAUUUCCAAGAAAGGUGAGCCAACCGAAUGUGGAAAUUAUUGAACAAUAUCGUUAAUAUCACACGCAAGCAAAAUUUUGCUGAAGAUCAUUCAAAAGCAGCUGCAGCAGUACAUCGACAGGGAACUGCCAGAAAUUCAAGCCGGAUUUAGAAGAGGACGUGGAACCAGAGAUAUCAUUGCUGAUGUCAGAUGGAUCCUGCCUGAAAGCAGAGAAUUCCGGAAGGAUGUUUACCUGGGUUUUAUUAUCUAUGCAAAGGCAUUCGACUGUGUGGAUCAUAGCAAAUUAUGGGUAACAUUGCAAAGAAUGGGAAUUCCAGAAUACUUAAUUGUGCUCUUGAGGAAUCUGUACAUGGAUCAAGAGACGGUUGUUCGAACAGAACAAGGGGAUACUGCAUGGUUUAAACCCUGUGUGUCAGGGUUGUAUCCUUUCAACACACCCAUUCAAUCUGUAUGUUGAGCAAAUAAUCUAAGAAGCUGGACUAUAUGAAGAAGAACAGGGCAUCAGGAUCGGAGGAAGCCUCAUUAACAACCUGUGAUAUGCAGAUGACACAACCUUGCUUGCUGAAAGUGAAGAGGACUUGAAGCACUUACUGAUAAAGAUCACAGACCACAGCCUUCAGUAUGCAUUACAACUCAACAUUAAGAAAACAAAAAAUCUCACAACUGGAGCAAUAAGCAACAUGAUAAACGGAGAAAAGAUUGAAGUUGUCAAGGAUUUCAUUGUGCUUGGAUCCACAAUCAACACCCAUGGAAGAAGAAAAAAAAAAAGCAGUCAAGAAAUCAAAAGACACAUUGCAUUGGGCGAAUUGGCUGCAAAAGACCUAUUUAAAGUGUUGAAAAGCAAAGAUGUCACCUUUAGGACUAAGGUGCACCUGACCCAAGAUACGGUGUUGUCAUUCGCCUCAUAUGUAUGUGAAAGCUGGACAGUGAAUAAGGAAGACUGAAGAAGAAUUGAUACCUUUGAGUUGUAUUGGCGAAGAGUGUUGAAUAUACCACGGACUACAAGAAGAACGAGCAAAUCUGUGUUUGAAGAAGUACAACCAGAAGGCUCCUUAGAAGCAAAGAUGGCAAGACCACAUCUCACAUACUUUGGACUUGUUAUCAGGAGUGACCAGACCCUGGAGAAGGACAUCAUGCUUGGUAAAAUAGAGGGUCAGUGAAAGAGAGGAAGACCCUCAACGAAAUGGAUUGACAUUGUGGCUGCAACAAUGGGCUCAAGCAUGGCGACAAUUGUGAGGAUGGCACAGGACUGGGCCGUGUUUCAUUCUGUUGUGCAUAGGGUCACUAUGAGUCGGAACAGACUCUACGGCACCUAACAACAACAACAGAUGUGGAGGGGAGGAUUCAAAGCUGCGUCAUAGGAUUUUGAGAUGAGUCAUAGGAUGGGUCCAAUUGUGAGGAUUUUUGUUUUCUUUAUGUAGAGGUGUAAUCCGUACUGAAGGCUGUGAUCUUUGAUCUUCAUCAGUAAAUGCUUCAAGUACUCUUUUCACUUUCAGCAAGCACUGUUGUGUCAUCUGCAUAACACGGGUUGUUAGUGAGUCUUCCAUUAAUCCUGAUGCCACAUUCUUCUUCAUAUAGCCCUCACAACUGGACCAAUAAGCAGCAGCAUGAUAAUCAGAGAAAAGAUUGAAGUUGUCAAGGAUUUCAGUUUACUUGGAUCCAGAAUCAACACCCAUAGAAGCAGCAGUCAAGAAAUCAAAAGAUGCAUUGCGUUGGGCAAAUCUGCUGCAAAAGACCUCUUUAUUAAAAAAAAAAAAAAAAGAUGACUGAGACUUGAAGACUAAGGUGCACCUGAACCAAGCCAUGGUUGUUUUCAGUCACCUCAUAUGCAUGCGAAGGUUGGACAAUGAAUAAGGAAGAUCGAAGAAUUGGUGCCUUUAAAUUGUGGUGUUGGCGAAGAAUAUUGACUAUACUAUGGACUGCCAAAAGAAUGAACAAAUCUGUCUUGGAAGAACUACAACCAGAAUGAUCCUUAGAAGCAAGGACGGUGAGACUGUGUCUCACAUACUUUGGACAUGUUAUCAGGAGGGAUCAGUCCCUGGAGACAUCAUGCUUGGUAAAGUAGAGGGUCAGCCAAAAACAGGGAGGCCCUCGAUGAGAUGGAUAGACACAGUGGCUGCAGCAGUGGGCUCAAGCAUAACAACAAUCGCGAGGAUGGCACAGGGCCGGGCAGUGUUUUGUUCUGUUUUACAUAGGGCACUUAACAACAAUAUAGGGUAGGUAGUUGCCACUUCCUGACAUAGGGAAGAUUUUGGAAAGGACAUAUUCGGGGUGGGAGCAGUUGUUUUGAGACAUAUAGAUAGAGAUAUCAUGGGCAGUUGAGUUGGAAGCUUAGAGAAGAGGUCCAGGCUCGAGAUAGAAAUUUGGAAGUCUUCAGCAUAUAUAGAUGGGUAUUUAAAGCCACAGGGAAGGUUGAGAUUACAUGGCAUAUAAGAGAUCUCAAUUAACUAUAUCUGCUUUUAUUAACUGAUACAAUUCCAUGUUUGGAGUCUUUUUCAUUCAUCAAGACUCAGCUUAAAUGCCAGCUCUUUGAAGAGGUUUUCUGUCCUCCAGGACAUUUCUCCUCAUCACCCCAGCCAAAAGUGAUCUCUUACUGCUUGUAUCACUGAUAUGGCAAGUUCCUUAUAUCCACAGAGUAGUUGUUUGUAUACACAUCAUAACUCCCCAGCUGGGUGGUGAGGGCCUGGAGGACAAGAACACUGUCUUGUACAUCUUUUUUAUCUUCUACAAGUUCCCUGCAGUCCUGGGACUGGAUCUAGCCACGUAGAGGUAUUUGUAGGUUCUAGAGACACUGACUCUAUUUGCUCACUUUGGACAAGAACCCAGUUGGAAGGUAAACUGAGUCACUCCAGGCCAGCUCAGUCUCUCAGUCUUUUUGAGCCCUGGUCUUUUUGAGAAUUGGGGGAACCUCCAAUACUGUAUUAGGGAGAAUGUUUUUGAUUGCUCUUAACAACAACAAAAAAUUAAAAGUGGCUUAAGAGAUAAAGAAUUUGUUUUCUCCAUAACAAGAAACCUGGAGGUAGGUGAUUCCAGCUUGGUUAAUUCAGAAAAUUAACAAACUCAGGACUCUGGACUUCGUCCUCUGUGAUUCUCUUGGCUUUCCUCUCAUGAUUUCAGGAUGGCUGCAGCUGCUUCAAGCUUUACUGUCUUCGUUCAGUGGCAUCCAGUGACAGGAAUAGAGGGUUUAUUUCUUCUUAUGCAUCAUUUCUUAAGGGCAAGAAAACCUUUCCCAGAAGUCUCCCAAUAAACUUAUCACUUCUCUUCAUAUAUCAUUGGCCAGAAUCAUGUCACAUGUCCAUGCCUCAACCAACCACUUGGCAAGGGGAAUGAAAGAGCUCAGAGUCAUCAUUGGCUGAGCUGGAUCAAGAUGUCCCCCACCCUGGGACUGGGAGGGGCUCAGCCUCCCUGAAGAAUAUGGCCCCAAGGUGUCAAGUGAACAGAGCUGGGGUUCUUUUAAUAACUCACCCAGAAACCCAGUACCCUCUAGUCAAUUCCAACUCAUAGCGACCCUAUAGCAUGGAGAAGAACUGUGGAAGCAAAAUGGCUGUGGGGUAGGCACCCAACAGAGUUUACCCCAGACACCCACCACCAGGAUCUGUCUAGGCUUAAAGGGAUAACCUGAAUUGGUGAAGGCCCUUUCUGUUCGGGCUGAGAAGGGCUGAUGCCAGGCCAGUUCUAACAUUGCUAGGAGGUGGGUCCCUUAUGAUGAGCUGGGCCUUGGUCUGGCCUUAGCCAUCAUAGCAGGGUGACCUUGCAGCAGGGAGGCAGAUGGCCUCUUGGUGUCUGGCUUCCUGUGGAAAUGUUCCAGUUGGAUAGCUCCUGCCUGGGGGACAUUGCAAGAUUCACAGCACUCAGUUAUCAUCCACACACCAUGCUCCUGGAAGGGCUGCGAGUUCUGCUUCCACUGUAGAAAGGCGGCCAUAGUGGUAAUGCCUUUUGGCAGCACGGAGCUCCUCCAUAAGGAGCUCUGGUGGCAAGUAGUUAAGCGCUUGGCUUGGCUUCUAACUGGAGGGUUGGUGGUUCAAACCCACCAGCUGCUCCACAAGAGAAAGAUGUGGCAAUCUGCUUCCUUAAAGAUUAUAGCCUUGGAAACCCUGUGGGGCAGUUCUGCUUUGUCCUAUAGAGCCAUUAUGAGCCAGAAGUGACUGGACGGCAGUAGGUUUUGGGCCCAUCGAUAUGACUUUGAUGGAUUCUGAGCACUUAUCUCUUACAACCAUCUCAGUGCUGCUGGGAGGUGGGCACACUGUAAUAUCAUUCCCAGUUUUUCGGAGAGGACAAUGAAUCAAAAAAGACUAAAGGACUUACUCAGAGCCACACAGACCUGCUGUGUCAGGUGGAGCAUCAGUAGAGCCAGGUGGUCAGGGCAUGGGCUAGGGAGCUAGACUGCCUGAAUUUAAGUCCUGCUGUAAGUGAGAGGGAGUGGGCAGAUUACUUAGCUUCUCAAUGCCUAAGUUUCCUCGUUUUAAAAUGGGAAUAAUACACUCACCUCAUAAGGCUGGAAGGAGUAAAUUAAUUGAUACUUCCAAGCAUUUCCAAAGUGCUUGGUUUAUGUAGUUACUGCUUCAUACAUGUCACCCACCAUCACCGUAGUCAUCAUCAUGGUCAUUGUUUUUCUGAAAGAUCAGAACUGCACUGUCAUGCUCAGGAUUCUGGCUGGAGGCAGUAACCUGCCGAGAGCCACACAAAGGUCAGAGACAUGAAAGGAGCAGAACACAUGCCCUGAACCUGUACGCCAAGAUGGGACCAGAGCGGUGGGAAUGGCCAGUUUUGAGGGCUCACCCCGAUGCUCUGGGGGCAUCAGGACCUCAGGUGUUGGGAGGGGUGAGACUGCCUCCAGGCAGUAUGGGCUAUAAGACUCUUAGUAUGUCCAGUAAGUCACAGAGUCACAGUCAGUCAGGAUAUGGGGCAUGACUUUGGGAUUGGGGUGGGGGGGGCUCCAACCUAUGACCUGAACCAGCUUGGGCUUGGCAGGAGGGGCAAGGGCCAUGACUCAGCUAGUACCAGUGUCCAGGGCUCUUUCCAGGCUUGGCUAAAGUAGAUGGCCAGUGAGUAAGCCUUGGGGAAGAAGAGGAGGAUAGAUCGCUGGGCAGGAAAGCCAGCUGAUUUCAAUUUCAUCAAAUAGGGGUGGGGUAGAAGGGUUGGUGGGUAAGGCAAUUUCCUGCCCCAGCCAGUACUGGCUUGGGGUAUUUGGGGAUGGGUAUCAUUGACCUUAGACAUCCCCAAGUGGCACAAAGGGUUAAAUGCUCAAUUGGUAGCAGAAGGUUAGUGGUUCAAACCCAUCCAGAGGCACCUGGGCAGACAGACCUGCAAUCUGCUUUCAAAAGGUCACAGCCCUGAAAACCCUAUGGAGUUCACGUCUACUCUGUACAUGUGGGUUUGCUGUGAAUCAGAAUUGACUCAACAACAACUGACAAUGACAAGAAAUUGUUGACCUUGGCUGUGAGGAGCCAGGGAUGACCUGCAACAGAAAUGGGGCCUAUUCCCUCUUCAUGUGCUUCUGUCCUGUGUCUAGUUAGUGGCCAGAAGCUGGUGUUCGACAUUCCAUCCAGAGCCCCUUAUGCUAGCCUUCAAUUUAAAAAAACGUUAAGAGAAGAGCUCUUUCCGUGUGGGGUGUGUUCCUAGUAGUGCUGUGGUAACUCCUCCUGGCGUCUCCUUGUAGCUCCCCACUCCCAUGGCCACCACAUCCCAUACCAGCCGUUCAUUUCUGUCUCCCCACU